AUGGGGUUUGCGGGUGGUAGUGGUAGCAAACCCAAUACUUUCCCCUCUCAGAUCACUUGUUACAAAUGUGGUAAGCCAGGGCACAUCUCCUCAAAUUGUCCUGAUAAAGGCAUGACCUAUUUUAAUUAUAGACAAAGGGGGCAUAUUCAUAGAGAUUAUCCAUAUCCCAAGAAGGAGCAAAAUGGUGGGGGCUUGAAUGACCAAACUGGACAUCUGAAGGCCACAAUAAGAGUCUUUACCCUUAACGGUGCCGAAGCUUCGAGAUCCAAAGAUCUAAUCCAAGGGAAACUUAAGCUUUCUGUGUCUUCUUUAAAUAAAGAUCUGGUGGUAAAGACCCCAACUAGUGGUUCUGUGUUAACUUCUAAUGUGUGUUUGAAUUGUCCUGUGGAAAUUUCUGGUAGAACAUUUGUGAUUGAUAUGGUUUGUUUGCCUUUGAGCCAAAUUGAUGUUAUUCUAGGUAUGGAUUGGUUAUCUUUCAACCAUGUCUUGUUAAACUGUUUUGAUAAAACUGUGGUGUUUGAUGGUUCUGGAGUGAGUAAGAAUAUGAUGUUUAUCUCUGCCAACCAAAUUGUGACAUCUUUAAAAGAAGAUGCUCAAGUGUACAUGAUCGUGUCUAACCGACAAAGGUUUCCAUAUGUGACCUCUCUGUUGUCAGAGAGUUUCUUGAAGUGUUCCAUGAGGAUAUAUCCGGUCUACCACCCAAGAGAGAGAUAG